ACUUAAAGAAUCAUACCUGAAUGAAUAAUCUUGCCCAUGGUCAGAGAAAAAGGGUUACUGACCUCAAUCGUUUAGGGAUUAAUAGGGGUCAGGAAGUUUGUGGUCAAGUAAUCCCUUAAUUGAUUUUAUGAUGCUGGGGGUCAUAGAAAUCAGUAAAACCAGAAGAUGAGAUCUUCAAUCCUCAUUAGUAAUUAUGUUUUAUAUAGGUCUAAUCGGUCUGUUUCAGGAAAUUAUUGUUUUGAAAAUGAUAUUUGAACUAUACGUACCGGUAUUCAAACUCAAUUGUGAAGUAUCGUGAUGCAUGAUUAUUACAAAGAUUUUAUUUUCCUGUAGGGCCUUAUAGUAAUUUUUUUAAAUGGAGCCUUGCAUGUAAAGAUAACAUCCUUGUAAAUAAGCCAUUUCUUAUUGGUGUAUAAUAUUGUGUGAUUGUUUCAACUUAAUUAGAGUGUGUUGUCAAGUAGUAAACGAGGCCCCCAUAAAUUAUAACCAACCUGUUAAUGAUAUUAACUCUGUGUAUGAUGUCAAUCAUGAUUGAUGAAUGUGUGAGGGAGGGAAAGAUUAUAGCAUAUGAAUCAUUUGUAUAACCUUGUACUAUGGUUUUCAUUUGUUUCCUGAUCCGGCAUACACAUGCGGGCUCUGUGGGCAAUUUCAGAUUGUCUAUUAGACCUCCCUAUUUUGUUCAUCAGAUCUGUUGUGUGGUUUGGUUUGAUGCUUUUACCCCUAUAACCGUGCCACUGGUUAUUUAUAAACAGGGAAGGCGUGAGACAUGAGUCAGCGACAUGCAUAGGCAACAAGCAUGUGUUGACUUUCUCUAGAGGCAUGCGGUCGUUUUGAAAGCCUAGUGUGCGUUAUAGUGUGUAUAUGCAUGGGCCGCCUCCUGUAAGCAAUAAUAUGAAGAUGAGCUACUUGGUGUUCUACCCUGAGAAUAUAUAUCCUUUUCUUGUCGCCUCUUCUCGGACACACCGUGCCGUUCUGCGGCUAGUUUCCUUCCUGGGGCUGGGGAUGGGAAGUGACAAUCACGAUCUAGCCAGUCAAGAGGCUCGAGUCAAAUCAGAUACAAGAAUGGGAUAGGACUCUACUAGAAAGAGAGACAUUCUAGCCAUUUUUGCUAUCCAUAGUGAGCUUGCCUGUUAGCGGCUUUUGCGAACACACUCUGCAAGUGAAACCGUAACCAACUGGUUGGAAUUUAUCCGUGGAGACUUGACAGAGGGACUACUACUCUAUACACACUCACACACAUCCCACAGUCGGUCUGUCCGCAUGGGUUGAUCUUCUGGUUGGAAUAUUAUUAGCCUCGUCUUGGUUUUGGAUUUUGCUGGUGACCUACAUCCUGGUAGUGUGUAUGUAUGGAAUAUACAUGAACCGGCAUCAAUAUUAGAUAGAUAUUGGAUAUAUAUCCAACUGCAAAGAUGAUUUGUUGAAAGAUCUGUGGAACAUCGAUAAUCAGCAAGUACAGAGAGAUUGUGUGACCAGAGAAGUAGAAUGGCUCAACCCCCUCGGCGCGUCAAAUCAGCAACAGAAUCUCGAAGAAGAAACAUGGAAUCUUCUGCAAACGGGAAUUCUGCUAUCAAUGGUGCAGCCUCCGGGAAGGCUGCCACAUCUCCUUAUAGCCAGUCAGUAUCCAGUGUUUCUAAAGGGGGACAUAGUAGUAGUGAGAUUACAAGGCGAGUGUCGCAGAGGGACAAACCCGCAAUUCCUGCGAAACCGUCACCAAGUAAAGUGCCACCUCCAAAAUAUAAUGGCAAAAGUAAUGGAACUUCUAAUACUAUGACUACAUGUCAUAGCAAAACUCAAAGUAGUUUAGCAGGUAGUGAAAAGCGAGAAGGAGAAAACAGGGUAAAUGGUGUAAGCCAGGUUAAAAAGACUAAUGAUGUUAAUGGAGAGGCAAGACCUCCCAGUGGUAAGAGUAGAUACUGUCUUGAGAUUACCUUAGAGAAGAAGGUAUCAACCCCAACAGUUAGGAGAAAGCAGACCGACAGAGAGGUCGCUAACUCAAUAGCUUCAAGCUCAGAAGAGAGCUCACCGUCACAAUCACCUUCCAAGUCGGUACACUUUAAGAGUUCGCGAAGCAAUAGUGCAAGUAGUAUAGACUCUAGGGAUAGGAUGAGGUUUGGAGGCAUACCAGGGAGCGUACCCCGCUAUAUGUGCCCUACCAUCAGUAGUACAGACAAGACCCAACGAACCAAGUCUGCAACAAGUAAAACUGAUUCAGGGAUGAUAGAGGCUAGUAGUGAUACACAACUCAACGGAUCUUCCACUGGCACUCCUGGAGUGGAGCCCAUCAGAAGAGGGCGGGCGAGAAGCGUGGGACCGAUACGCAGGGUACGUUCCAACGAGAUGAUGCCCCCUAAAAGGGAUCUUAGUCCAUCUCCAAAGUCUGGAAAAAUCACUCAGGUUCGCAGCAAAAGUGUAGAGCGAUCUAAGAAUAGCUUUGGUAGCUUUGUGCAGCGGCAGAGAAAGGCUUGGGAAGAGCGAGUGACAACAGUGACCAGAAGAGCCCCACUGAGUAAUGUGGCCGAAAAGAAUGUGAACAGAAGGAGCUUAGAUCCAAACCAUGCUCCAAAGAUCAUGCAAAAGUCGACCAGCGUUACUCAACGUAAGCACAUGCUGUUUGGUAAAGGAGCAAAUGUACAGAAAGUAAAGACCACUAUAGACGGUAACCAAGUGAAUAAACCCACAUCGCCCACCUCACUCCACAACAAGUCCGAUGCUAGCCAACAAGUGCCUAAAACGAAAUCUUCUAGCAAUGACUCUGACUUGCGUACCUCUGCCAAGGCUGAAGUGAAUGGACGAGUUGGAAGCAAAGGAUAUGCUCAGGGUGAUAGUGUAGCUAGCUCUGAUCAAAAGAGAACUUCCAUUGUGGAUAACCCACCUGAUAAACCAUCCGUCUUGCAGGAGAUUGCUCCUGUACCAAGCAGCAAACCGAACGCUCCAAACAGUCUACCAGUCAAACCUGUUUAUCAAAACACAGAUCUAAGCCACAGGGUAUCAACAGCAAAAGAAAACAAGAUUGGAAUGCUUGUAACUGAUUUAGAUGCACUGGAUGUGAAUGGUGCAGAUGAAAUGGACAAUGGCAAGAGCCACUUGUUUAUUGAUGAGGGUAACCUGGGAAUCAAACCCGAGUGUCUCAGAUUCAAGCCUCAAUCAAGCGAUACCCAAGAAGAGUACAGUGAAAUCCUGGGACUCACUGAUCCCAAGGAAAUUAACAAACUCAAUAGCGAGACACUACAUAGUCUAAAAAAAGUGGAUAAAACAUUUCUGGAGGUUGAGAAAAAGAAAGACACUGUGGUGGAUAAAGUGAAAGAGCAAGAAAAGGCAGGAAUCUGUAACGGAGAGGAUGUAGGUGAAAAGGACGGACAUUAUUUCCUGAAGGUUGUCAACGUAGAGCAGUCCAGGAUAGAAUCACUCUGUAGGAAAGUGGAACAUGACCUUGAGAGUGACAUGUCUGAUGAAGCGGGUGGAAUAUGCCGAGCAUUCCUGGGGAAAGCCAACCUCUUGACCAGCAAGAAGUUCAAGCAGUUCAGAGGCUUAUGUGAAGAGAAUAUUACACCAUCUGAUGAGCCAGGGAAGACGACCUUGGCAUCUGACCUAGCAGGCUUCUGGGACAUGGUCAUGAUACAGGUAGAUGAAAUGAACUCCAAGUUCAUCGACAUCGAGACGCUCAAAGACAACAACUGGAAGGUGACUGCUGCCGUAGUGACAAAGCCGACACCCCGCAAGACCCCAGCUAAGCGAGGCUAUGGUCGCCAGGUGAGCCGGGACAAGGAUGACAAGGCCGCGCAGGGUGCGAAAGACUCCAACAAGAAGGACGAGAAGGAGAGCCGAGCAGCCAAGAUGAGGGCAGCGAGGGAGGAAGCUCGGAAACGACUGAUCGCUGCCAAGAAGCAGGCAGCAAGGCAGAGGAUCCGAUCCAACAGCAGCGAGUCGGAGGUGGAGAUCUUCACGGCUAGUGGACAGCAACAGUCAUGAGUUUGAAAUGAUGGGAUGGAUAGAAAGAUCUCUCGUUCCGUCAAUGGUGUAUCAAUACAUCAACUAUUUUUUUUUUUACCCAGGUCUAAUCUCGCUUUCUUGAAAACAUCCAAGAUCAGACUUCCAUCCACGCUGUUCAUCAGAUGUAAUGCCCUUUUGUAAAAAUAUUUAAAUUCUUUAACAACAUUUCAUAAUGUCUAUGGAUAAAGCAUUCUGAUGAUUCUGUAUUAAAGUAAUAAGAUACAAUUAAAUAAUACAUGUAUGUUCAAUUUGAGUCCAGUGAAUGUACAUAAAAGUGUGUUUUAGUGGGGUCCAUGUUCUUAAUACAGUAAUCAUCCAAUGCCAAGAACUUGCCAGUUCAGGAAUAGAUGAAUUAUUUCUGAUAGGAAAUCAUUUUCCCUAGUUGAGAUAUAUAUGUAGUCCAGAGGAAGGCUAUGACAUUGUGAUAGAAAUCCUAAAUUUUGACUAAAUAGCACAGGAGGAAAACCUUUCAUGAAGAUCACCAAAAGUAAGCUUCAUUGAAGAAAAUAAAAAUGACAAGGAUAAGGUUUCCCAUAAUACAAGAAUAAGCAUCAUCAAGUGGUUUAUGUUUAGCAUCGGCGUCAUUGACCAGAAAAUGACAACUCCACUUCCAUGAUGCUACGUGUAGGAGAGGAAGGAAAUAUGCUUUGAAUCAUACGUCCUCUUCAUGUAAAAAACGUAGCUCAAUGUCAAGAUUAGGGAAGAAGAACAGACAUGUCACUCUUUGAGUCAGCCCUUCCGAUACAAUGACGUAAAUCUGAGAAGACAUAAACAGAGCUCAAUUCCUGCUUGUAAUAGCAAAGCUUCUUCUUGUGAUUUCGGAGUGACAUUUUUUUUCUUCAAGGCUCAUAUAAUUUAAAAGUGAAAGUGAUGAUGAGCAGUAUAGAUUUGAAGGUUUUCAUCCCUAAGUAUACCUGAAUUCAUUGUCAACUUCCCAGAAAUCUUUUCCAUCAACCAGAAAUCUUUUCCUUUGACCAAAGCAGUAGAAAAGCACAUGUGAACUUAUAAUCAGACUUUAAAUAAUAUCCUUGUUUAUAGUCAAUUUUAUAACAAUUUGUGAGCUAAUAUUUUCAAAAAUGGAUUGUGUUAAACUAACGUUAAGAGUGAUUCCUUUUCACAAAUAAAACUGCUGAUGUCAUAAUGCUUCAUUCCUGUCGCUUCCCUUGCUACAAUUCUUCCUUCCAUUUUUUCUACUUGAAGAACUGUUUCUUAGUGUUUACUUGCAUAAACAGGGAAAUGACUUUCGAUAGAAUCAGAGAGAAUUGAAAUAUAUGUAUAGAAACAUUUUCCAAGAUAAAUAUUCUGGCAGAUUAGAAAAUAUGGGAGAAAUGCUCAUCAAAGAUCAUUACUACAUUUAUUGAUGCAGCUAAAUACAUUUAUGACUGAAUUAAGACAUCCAACUGUUUCCGGAAAUGAAAAUUCAAAUGAAUGAAAUCGCAAUAAAAUCAAAACAAUGAUAACAACAACAACAACAACAAGUUGUGGUACUUUGUUUUGGACAUAAAUUCACCACUAGAUAGAUAUCAUAAUAAAGCUGCUAAGCAGCUAUAUCCAACAGAGGAUGUUGUUUUUGUCUAGAAUGACAUAUGUACAUCUUUGUAAAAAGAUUUAAGGAAGUUGCCUCGCUGGUCACCAACCUUUAAAACAAAAAUAGCUAUCUCUAUCAGCUACAAUUCCAAACAUCCGUUCUAAAGGGACCUCUUCUUAUUUCACUUCCUGUCAAUUAUCAAAUAAACCUUGAAGUAGAUAAGUUGAGUUGGACCAUAUCGCCUUUACUCUGAGAUAUAUAUGAAUUGUUUUGAUUAUAUCACAAUCCUGUUUCAGUUUUGCUUACAAGAUAUCUCCAUUCUGUACAAGAGCCAGUCAUUAGAUAAUAGAAUAUCUUUGGAUUUAGGACAAAGGAAACAUUCCUAAUUUUGUUUCUUAGGAGCCAGAAGGGCAUAACUAUGUGUUGAAUGUUCCUACUUUUAAAUCGCCCUUCUGCUUCUGAGCAGGCGAUUACAUCAAGUGAACACUACUUGCUUCAAAUGUGAAAGAUUUGUAACCUGUGACAAAUGCAUGCAUAAAGUGCAUGGCUUUCUUGUGCCUUAUGUUGGAGUUUAAAACAUGUGAUGCUGCACUCCUGUGCCAACUAGCAAAUUAAGCAUACCUAAUGAGUGCAGGCUUUGGGAACUAGCCAAAUGUUCUUAUUGCUCAUGUAAUAAUGUAGGUACGCUCUGUUACUCAUUGUAGUAGAGAGUGCCAAAGUAUUACCCCUGCAACAAGCAUGGGUCAUCUAAAGCAUCUAAUGUCAUCAAAACUUGCAAGGUCUCCCUAUGCCGCGAGACAUUGUGAUAAUUGACAGUCGCAACAUUUAUGAGAGGGAUAAUUUAACAGGAAGAAUUUCCCUAGAAGUAUGGUCAGAAACUUUGCUCUGUCAAUUGUGAAAUGAUUAACUUCCAUGAUCUUCUAAUGUGUAAUUUGGUAUUUUAUUGUUACAAAAUCAAGAGAAGCCAGUGCUUCAUUUUCUUUAAAAAAGUUAUGUAUUUUGAUACAAUCGAAGUAAGAUUUAGUAGUCAGUAAGUGGAGUCAGUAAAUAAUGUACUCAUUAUUUAUAAAUGUACGACCAAAUACAAGCUAAAAACAGUAAUAUGUAGCACUGUCAUCCGUUACCUCACACUUUACUAACCACUCCAAGUUUUGAAUGACCAUCUUUGUUGUAAUACAAUACUUUGGCCAUCAUGGGCAACUCUCAAAUGUGACAUUUUGUGAAGUGGUUGCCUUGACUACCGACCAACAAUGCUGGCAUUCCUUAGAUGACUACUUCAAGUAGGUCAAAUACCUUGUUGACCUAGCUCUUUUGCAUCAAAUAUUCAAAGGAAUGUUGCAGUGUUUCCUGAACAUGAUCAUUCAACUUGAUAUUUGCAUGGAAUGUGACUUUCUUUGUAUGUAGAGGUUGCUAUUGACAUAAUCAUUAAAAAUUAGGAUGGAAAGAAUUGUGAUCUUUAGGAAUAUGUUUUCAAUUUAUUGUAAGUCACUUUAUAAAUGCUCCGACAGUAUUAACCACUUCUUGUGAAGUGUUUUGAUAUGGUGCAUGAGUUUGAAAAAAUAAUCCAUGGUUGAUAUUGUAAUAAAACCAAGCAGCAUUCAAAUGUUGUGCUUGUUUGAGGGACAUUUCAUCACAUACAUAUUUAAUUAACAUAGCUUUGGCCUGCUACUAUCAUACAUAGAAUAUGCUGACCUUGCAUGAACAACAUAGGUUUAGAAUAAACAGGUGUCCUUGUGAUAAAGGCAAAAGCAAUGUUUAUUUUGCUCUCCCUCUUUUAGGGGCGUUGGUCUAAUUAAGGCUGAAAUGGGGUAGGAUGUUAUUUCUUUAGAGGGUAUGAUUGUAGACAAUUCAUUGGCAUAAACAUGCAGUCAUGCAUAAUGAUGAUCUGUAUUUGUUUGAAGAUUGAGUGGGGUAAACAAGGAUUAGCAUCUUGCUGUACCAGAUUAUACAGUUCUGAUGAGAAUAUUCAGAAUAAAUAGUCUGUAGCUAAUGUUUCGAGGACACCAGACACUAAAUGUGGGCUGCAUUGGCAAUGACCAUAUGUGCACAGUUUGUAAGCUUUGUGCAAAGGAGGCCUGAAAAAGGGUUGAUGAUUUAAUGGAAAUGAGAGGCCAUGACAAUUAUUAUUAUAUCCAAAUUUAUAGAAUCAAUUGUGGAUUUGGAAAGGGGCACAAAUGUCUCACCCCUUCCCCUUUUUGAAUCUAAAUGGGCAGGCCUUAACUUCACAACAACAAAUGUAAUGUUCUGAAUUGUGCCCCCCCCCCUUCACCCUUGUCAAAAUCCUAGAUCAGUCCAAUUAGACUUACUGAAGAUAUAUUUGAGUAAUCCUUAAAUGUUGAUCAUAACAUGACCUUCACUGUUUUUCAUUAUCUUUGUCUGUCAUAUUUAAUCUUUGUAUGUCACUCAUGAAAGUUAUAAUGUAGCAAAUGUUUGUAAGAUACUGUGUCUACGCUUUUAAUGUACAUGAUGUAAUGUAAAGCUAAAUUAUAUUGAUGUAAAUCUUGUAACAUAAUCAACUGCACAUUUGUACCUAUACAGACACUUGUACUCACAUACCAACAAUCACAAAUAUAUUUUAUUUAUAUCGGCAAAGAAUAUAAUUUUGUAUAAGCAGAUAUGGUGCAUCUAUAUCAUUUUUUGCCAAGGGACAGAGUUAUAUAUGUAGUUUUGCAUGUCUUAUUUAUUAUUGCAAACUAUACCAUACCUAUAGAGUACAAUUAUAUCUUUUUUAUUGCUUGAUGAAUAAUGCAACUCUGGAUAAAUCAAACACUUGAGAAAUGAAUAGGGCUGCGUACAUGUAUCGUCUAGUAACUAAUGAGAAUAUAUAUAUCUAUAUAUCUAUAUAUGUAUGUAUGUUUGGUAUUGUCACAUUGGUGUAAUGGCUUUUACAUGUUCUUGUUGCUGUCUUUGAAUUUAGUAACUGAAUCGAUGUAUCGCUGUCAGGAACAUAGUAAAAAUGUCUGUUCUAUUUAAAGGUAUUGGUUAACAUGGCAAUAUUGGCAUCCCAUAUCUUAUCUGGUGAGCCAUUAUUUUUAUUUUCUAACAUAUCUGAGGAAAUAAACAAAUUAACAAAAUUUAAAGAACACGGAGCAUAUCUGCCAUUAUAGAUCAAUUCCAACAUUUAAGAUUAACACAUCUUCUCUUCAUAGACAGGGGGGGCUAACGAUGUGUAAAAGUAAAAUGAAUGCCCUUCUGGCAUUUUAGCCAUUGAUUGUGAUUAUCUUCUUGGUAAAGACUUUGGAAAACAUUAAUCUGUCUAAUCAUUCUGAAACAUCCAGGAUUUGAAAUCUGGAGAUGGUUGUUGGUUAACCGGUGCCUUUUUAGUAGAUGCUUACCGUUUCUUUGCACCAUUUUCUAAACCUUGUAGAGAAUUAUCCAUAUAACAUUAUAUGUAAGUGCUUUGUAGAAAGGAAGAUAUUUGUAAAAUGUAUGUUUGUAACCUACAAGUAAUAUACUCUUGCCAGAAUUUCCCCAUCACAUUCAUGCACUAAUACUGGGCAUGGAUUGAUUUUUUGGUAUAAAUAAUGUCAACUUUUAAAGAAGUACGGUAUGUGUUUAUUAUAGACAUUUUAUACUUUUUUCAUUCAUAUGGCUUUUGUAAGUUGCCACUGUUUAGUGAAAGUGGGAAGGAAAAAAGAUAGGCUGAAUACAUUUUUCUUUUAAGACAAUAUACACAUUCUACUUUCAUUGUACAUUUUGACAGAAACAGUAAAUUGCCUUUGGUAACAUAUCAAAGACGGUAUGAAGAAAGAAAGAAUAUCAUAUAUGAAAACUCUAGUAAUGACGCUAAAGAUAUAAUGCAGAUUUAUCCCAGAUUAUUCCAGUUUGUUUGGGUAGAUGUUGUAGUCUUCUGUGACACAGAAUCAGCCCAUUGGAUUAUAUGUGAAAUUAUAGGCAUUGUGUUGGGCUGCAGCUCAUAGAAGUGUUAGGUUUUGAAGCUUUACUGCUUGCUCUUAAAAUCAAUCAUUUUGAGCUUCAUUUACUCCUCAGACUUGCCCUCUGUGUGUCUCUGACAUUGAUGAAGUACUUCAUUCUUUAAUCCAUAGAGCCCCCCAAAAAACUCUCACACUUAAAUAAAUCAUCUGUUCAGAGCCAGAUGAAAUCUUUGACCCCCCCCCCCUUUUCAUUUCUUUCACAAAACUUCUCAGCAUUUCUUUGUUGUUAACAAUGACCUUUUAAAUUGCAAUAACAGUUUGAAAGUUUGGAAUCAAAGGCACAAAUUUUGCCCCUAGCUAAGAUUGGUUUUAUGUUAUAUUUAUGUCUGCUGUUUCUUUUAUGUUUUUAUCAGACUGAAAUUUUGCAGAUUAAUAACCCCAGAUGUAUACCUAUGUCAAUCUUAUAUGGUGUAGAGGUUUGUUUUUAUGGCUAAGGACAUGUAUGCUGUGCUUAUAUUUGUUUUGUUAUGAUUGCCUUUUUUUAUUACUGAGGUGUUGUAAAAAUACAACCAUUUAACACUAAUGAUUUGCAGUAGCUAUAAAGUAUUUUAUUGUUCAGUUAUUCUGUUUCAACUUCUUCCUCAUUCUAUGGUUCAUACAUGAAGUUUCAUGUUUUUUAAUUAUCGUAAUGCUAAAGUAAAAUCUACAUGUCAUAUUUCUAUAUUCAAUCAUUAACAGGCUUGAAGAUAUGAAUUAUCCAUACACAUUUCUGCUUUAUAAAGGACCCUAUAUGGUAGUGGUUUCAUUUAAUAAUCUACCAAUUUAUUUUCCAAUUGAAAGAUGCUUGCACUUUCUGCUUGAAUGUGGCAGUUUCAAUUGCAAUUCAUAACUUAAAGGUAUUACUCGGUGCUUGGUUAAGGUUGAAAUUAGGUGGAAAAUUAAUUGUCGAAGUGGUACAAGACCAAUUCAAUUGAAAUUUUCUUUCUUCGAAAAGCAUUGAAAGAUACGUGAGGACCAAAGAGACAUGGUUUUCUGAUUUAAAUCAUUUUGAGCAUUUGUUUCUUAGGAAUUCCCUAUUCUUUUUUAGAUUGAUCUUAUAGGCAGACCUUCUUCUAGGUUUUUAUGAACAAUUACAUCCACUAAUUAUUUAGUAUCAAGCUAACCAGUCAUAUUGCAGGAUUUUUGUCAUGUUCCAAACACAUUAGAAAAAGUAAGUAAUUUAAAAUAAGAAUUCAUUGUCAAAUGUGAUAUCUCAAUAAUGCAGGCAUUCCAAACAAAAAAUAUAAUGUUUGUGUGCUGACCUCGUCUACAUCUAUAUGUAUUUGAAACUUUUCUAUCCCUUUAUCUUUAUCCAACACUGUGUAUCAUUGCUAACCAAUGACACAUUCCAAUUUGACAGUCUUGUAUCAACAUAACUUUUCUUUCAGUUUGUUCAUUUCAUAUUUUGAGAGACAGAAGGGUGUACUUGACUAAAUGCCCCUUCUGGUUCCAAAGAGAUGAUCAGAAGCAUUGUAUUAUUGUUAAACAUACCCCUUUUUAUUCAGCUAAUGUUUUGUCUGCAGUGUGUACAGUUCAUAUGACCUUCCGUCAGAGUAAUUGUUCAAUGUACUUGGUUGGCUUUGUCAUUCCAUAGGGUUAAGUUAUAUGAGAAUUAUUAUAACAAGUUUGAAAUCCCCAAACAUGCUCACCAUGCAUAGAUCAACCUUGCAUCAAUGCUGGUAUUUGAAUGAUUUUAAUUUAAAGUAAAGGCUUCUAGUCACUAGUAAUUAUUGUCAGUGAUGUCUACGGUAGUGGUAAUAGUGCUUGUCCUAAAGAUGUGCUUGACCAUAUAUGAUACUUGUGGGCAAGUAUUUAUGGAGCGCUCUGUUCUAGAUUUGAUGGUUAUAUCGUGGUUUUGAAAACCACUCAUUCGUCUGCACGCACGCUUGUGUAUAGAGUCUAUUGGGUAGGGAAAAGGAGACUAAUGUGCUUCUGUACAGAUUGAAUGGUGGUUUCCUACAUCAGGAUAAUGCCAAUUUGAUGCCCUUAAGUUUUCUUUCAGCAUUUUUUGGCUUUCAUUUGAGUAUUAAUUCCAGACAUGUUCUUUUUUAUGUAUGAGGUAAUAGAACAAAUUUUUUUAAUGAACAAAUAUGAAUUUGCUUUUAUGGUUCUACCAGAGGACUUGUUGAAUUGGUGUGUACAGUAGAAGAUCUGAUAAUAUAUUUUUGACAUAAAUCUGUAUUCUAGACUUGAUAAGUUUAGGCUACUGAUUGAUCUAAUAGGUUUCAAAACAUCGACAUAGAUAGAUAUAUUCUGAAAAUAUCAUAAUAUCUACAUGUAAUAUUACACUUUCCUGGAAAUCAAUUUGAAAGACUAUUGGGACUUUCUUCUAAAAGACAUCUUGAAAUUGUAUUUGAUGUUUUUUAAUGGUAUGACUAAUGUCUAAAAUUUAUGUAACAGAGGAGAGGAAAGAUUAUAAAGCACUUUUAAAGAAUGUAUUUAUACUACAUUUAAUUUUUGUACUGGUAGGUUGGUUUGACAAUCAAAAUGCUCGGUAGUUUGAGUAAACUUGGAUGUGAAAAUGAGAUUAAUGUACAAAUGCAUGCAGAGAAUGUCAUGAUGGAAAAGGAUUAAAAUAUUUGUAUAGUAAGACUGAUGAAAGAAAAAGUUAUGUAGAAUAGAAAAGUUGAUCAUUUGCAUGGCAGAAGAUGAUACAAGUCUAAACAAACAUUUGUUGUUCAUAUUUUCCACUGUUCAUCUCUAAAGGGAGAGAGAUUUGAAAAUGAUAUCGGUCUAUGGGAUAUUAUUUUUGUAGCUCUGCUGUUGUAGGCUGGUGAUGUUAUGUAUUUGUAAAGUAAAAUUGUAAAAACUUUAAAUGAACAUAAAAAAUAAAGAUGAAUAUGCUAAUUAAUGCUAAACAUA